AUGCCGGGGCUGCACGGCACCGGCAAGGACCUCGCCAUCCAGGUCGACGGCGCGGACGGCACCACCAUCGUCGCCACGUCGAGCCCCUACUUCGUGGCCGCGGACGCCGCUCAGGUGCGGGACCAAGGAGAAGAGGACGCCGCGGAGGGCGAGAAGAGGGGCGUGACAAUGGAGGUGGGCGUGCUGGCGUUGCCGCUGGGGAAGAGCUUCACCAUGACGUGGAACAUGCGUAUCGAAGCAUAG